UUGCAACGAGAAACAUCUUCUUCAGCAUUGCUGGACAGGGUUAUGGCAGAAUUUGCAGCGCCACACGGGAAAUUAAGUGAACAUAAUAAACGAGCAGCAAGAAUAAAAGGGACGCGGUGUGCAUAUCUGGCGCAUAUGGGACUUAUCACAACGGGGAAACGGCAGAUUUGCGCUGCAAGGACCAACAGCCCACUUCACUGAUGAGGUCCAAAACAGCCAUCAGAUAGGAGUGACCUGCCCUCACCAAAGGUGCACAGCACGCCUGUAGAAGCACAGGCCGGUCUUCCCAGUACCCUGCCGGAUCUAGUCCUGUUGUCCACACUUUCUGCUUGAGUUUGUCCCCGGGAUCAUUCAAAACUGUUUCUCCAACGCUUCUACCAAAAACUUAGACUGUUUUCCACAGCAGAAUCGGCCCAGCCCUCCCAGGCGGAAGUAAUGGGGAGUGUGCGAAGCCACCGUUACAGCAUUGUGUCCUCUGAGGAAGAUGGCAUGAAGCUGGCCACUAUUGCUGUCCCGAAUGGCUACGGCAACGGCAAUGUCAACAAGGUGCACACAGAGCACCAACAUCAGAGCCGCUUCGUCAGCAAGGAUGGCCACUGCAAUGUGCAGUUUAUCAAUAUGAGUGAGAAAGGCCAGCGGUACCUGGCAGAUAUCUUCACCACCUGCGUGGACAUCCGCUGGCGCUGGAUGCUGCUCGUCUUCUGCCUUUCCUUCCUGCUGUCAUGGUUGUUUUUUGGCUUAGUCUUCUGGGUAGUGGCCCUCUGUUACGGAGACUUAGACAAUGAGACUCAGAUGUGUGUUUCCAAUGUGGACAGCUUCACCGCUGCCUUCUUGUUCUCAGUGGAGACCCAAACCACUAUUGGCUAUGGUUAUCGCUAUGUGACAGAGGAGUGCCCCGUUGCCGUCUUCAUGGUUGUCGUCCAAAGCAUUGUGGGCUGCAUCAUUGAUGCUUUCAUCAUUGGUGCUGUCAUGGCCAAGAUGGCUAAACCCAAAAAAAGGAAUGAGACCCUGGUGUUCAGCCAUUAUGCUACAGUGGCCAUGAGGGACGGUAAACUUUGCCUGAUGUGGCGUGUGGGGAACCUGAGGAAGAGUCACCUGGUGGAGGCCCACGUCAGGGCACAGCUGCUCAAAUCCCGCACCACCGCUGAGGGUGAGUUCAUCCCUUUGGAUCAGGUAGACAUUGACGUAGGAUUUGAUAGUGGCAUUGACCGAAUCUUCCUGGUGUCUCCAAUCACCAUUGUACAUGAGAUUGAUGAGGACAGCCCAUUCUAUGAGAUGAGCAAACAGGAGUUGGAGACAUCAGAAUUUGAGAUCGUAGUGAUUCUGGAGGGCAUGGUCGAGGCUACAGCCAUGACUACUCAAUGUCGGAGCUCCUACGUGGCCAGCGAGAUUCUCUGGGGCCACCGCUUUGAGCCAGUGCUCUUUGAGGAAAAGAACUACUACAAAGUGGACUACUCUCGCUUCGAAAACACGUAUGAGGUGCCCAGUACACCCAGCUGUAGUGCCAGGGAACUAGCCGAGAAGAAGUCCGACGCCUCUAGCUCAAGGAACUCCUUUUGUUACGAGAACGAGGUGGCUCUCGAAAAAGUCGAGAUGGAAGAGCAGUUUGAGGGGGAGGGAAACGGGGAGAUGAGGGAUGUCGAGGUUGGUGCACUUGAAGACACAAACACAGAUGUGGUGUCAGACUCUGAAUGCAAUCUGGACUCCUUGCCUUUAGAAUCAAGGCCUUUGACAGCAGAAUCAGAAAUAUGACUGCAGAGAUAAAGAAGGGUUAAAUACUAGAAUGUGGUAUGUUAAAAACAGCUUGAAUUUGGUAAUGAUUGCUGUUCUUUAUAAUGCAUGACAGUUUGUAAACGACUGUGAUUUGAGUAUAUAGUUCUCUAUGCAGAAGCUCACGCAUAAGACACCAUGGAAAUCCAGACUUAUAUUGUUUAUAGUAAAAGUGGUGAUAAAUUUACUGGUUGCAUGUUUUGUACUGAGCAUCCUGGGUAUGAUAGGAGUUUCUGUGGCCUAAAUGUCACAUAAUGAUGUGACUGGCUAGAAUAAUGAAAUCUAUUUAAUUUAAAUGUAAAAAUUAAAAAAAAAAGAUGUGAACCUGAAACUUUGAGAUUUAUUAUUUUUAAAUACCAACCUAAAUUAAUAUAUAUUUUUUGUCAUUUUAAGUUCAGGAAUCUUACUUUAAAAGUUGCUAAAAUCAUUUAAACCACUUGCACAAAGGCUACUGUUUGUUAACGAGCUGGUCUCUUAGCAAAGUAUAUUUACAGUCUUCUUCAGUGUUGUGUUGCUCUCAUGGUGUGAGGCAGGAAAGAGGUGUCUUGCACAAGUACACUAAUGCUCUUCAACCGAUCUUGUUUAAGUAUAGUAUCUUUUGCAGCGUGUGCCUUAACAAAAAUCUCUGUCCUGGUGGAUGCACUCGGGAGAUUUGGCUUUGACUGAGCACACGCUGCAGCAGAUGUCACAGGAGGAAGAAGCAUUCACAGGCAUUUCACUAUCCAGUAUGCUGCCACUCCUUGCAGGUAUUCUUGUUAUAAUGUGCAAUAUAAAUCAUUGGUAGAAUGUGACAGGAAGCUCAACCCUGUGCCGAGGUUAUGAAUGUUAAUGAUAAGUGCUGCUAAGUUACAUAUUGUAUGUUUAGGGAGAAAUCUAGGAGCCAUAAUGUAUUAUUUGUCUUUUAAAGUAUCCAUUUUGAAGAUUACAGAUGCAGCUUAUAAUGGAAUUUCUUGAUGUAGACAAGCAUGAUUCUGUCAGUGUGUUUUCCAAAGCUUUAGUGCACUCCCCUCCCCCAUAACAGCAGAAACUGUUUAAUUACCCAAAGCCAAAUGUGUACAUACAUAUAAGAUGCAAGUGUAACUCAUCUGUUAGUUGAAGUUUAAACCUGAACUUUUCCUCAUCUAACGGCGCUUGGCUUUUGAAACGUUGCAUUAUUUGAGUUGAUUUUGAUGUAGUCGGCUUUAUAUUCACAUCAGUGUUGUUGGCAUGGCAGAUGUGCAGAAUUUGGACACAUCCUUGUUAACCCUCACACAUCACCACGGCGGGUCUUGUGAAGUUAUUUGUCAUUUCUGAAUGGGCCCUUGCUUUGUCUUAAUAAAGAUCAGGUCUGUUGAUUAAUAUUUCAGUUACAAUCACAAAUCCUGAACAGAUGUAGCACACUUGACUUCAGUCUUACUCAAGAUUGAGCUUUAAUGUUUUUUAUCUUUUACUCUAGGUGUCAAUGUGACACAUUCAUGCUUGGAUAAUGGUCAUACGAAGCCAGAACACUCUACUGCUUCUCUGAAAAGAAAAUCUAUUAAAACAUUUUAUCUGUUCUCGUACUGAUACCUCUCCUGUCUUAGGUCUUUAUUUUUCUACCAGGAUCUCCCCACUUUCCUGCACAAACCAGACUGUACAGAUUUUUUAAAAUCUUUUUGUAAAUUAUAAGGUAAAUAAUGUAUAUUGAUAUUGCAGUUGAUGAAAAC